CUUGGGCGGGGUAUUUGCGUCCCUUCAAAAUUUGGCACUGUCAUCGACCUUUCAUCUCAAGUUAUUGACAUUGUUGGAUAAUAUCGUAUGCAAGUUUCGUCUACGCAGCGGUCGAGCUUUGCGCUCGGGGCUGUUCUGCUUACAAUGUUGAUUACUAUUCUUUAUUUGCGUUACGCAAGCUAUAUAUCGUUGGAAGACGUGCAAAGCGAUUCUUCUGUUGUCCCGGCUACCACCAAGGUUUCCUCCACUUCAAAACCAACCGCGUGCGAUCAAGUCGACAUUGAUUGGCUUGCCUCGGAUCGUCAAUAUUGGGACGGCUGGAAUCCGAAAUCCAUAUUUCUUAAUCUAGACGGCAGUUUUAUAACAGACAAUGUCCAUAUGGAGGAAGAUGAUACCAUCUGUAUCGUCACUCUGCUUGGACCCAUACCUGCUACUUCUGUCGGAAAAGGGGACGGCUACAUAGGACCAGCAGAUAGUCUGGUAACCACCGCCACAAGCAAUAGUACCAAAGUGCCUAUUGCUAUGCAACAACACGCCAAGCAAACAAACGCUUAUUUUGCCUCUGUUCAAUUCACUCAUGCUGGCAUAUACCAUUUGGAGACGGUGAUCGAGUAUCGCUCUUAUUUCUGGGAACGUCCGGUUCUGCAUCAAUAUCAGCCGAUACGAUUUGUGUCGGCGAAUAAGCUCAUCGUGGGGCCUCCGUCGAAACCUCGGCAAUCUGCUUUACCUUUAUGUGAUCUGCGAAACUCAUCACAUAUGGAGGGAAUGUGGAUGGACAAGACAUAUUAUCAGACGCGCUACCCUUUUGACUUUUAUGGCAUGUUUGGCGACGCUCAGGAAGAUCACGCGCAAAAUGGUCGCUUAUUUGUUCCUACCCAUUGCCGUAUGGAGUACAUCAGCACCAGUCAGGCCGUCCAGUGCUUGGAAAACAAAGUGGUUCAUGUAUGGGACGACGGCAAUAUAAGAAGAAACUUGAAAGCCUUCAGCUCGACCAAUCGAUGGUGUAACGAAAACACCAAUGCUCAAUGCAUAUGCGACGACGACGAUGAAGAUCCCAAAGACGAACUCUAUCCGUGGACCAUGGAUCCGAAUGAGCCGCUGGUCAUCAAUGAGACAUGGCAUGCCGAUACAAGAUUUUAUUACAACACGAUCGAAAGCAUCAUCACAGACGACUGGAAAAGUGCGAUGGGAAAACAAGUCGGCAUGAUUCCGGCUGCUGAUGUCGUUAUGUUUGGGCUCGGAAAUAAGGACAUUGCCAUGCAUAUGAUUAGUCCUAGCGCAUUUGCCGAAGCAUUUACGAACCUGUUAGAGCAUGCUGUUGAAACCAUCUACCCGCAUCAAUUGAUUGUGGUGCGGACGCCGCAAUAUUUCUGCUGUAAUGUGAUGGACUCCACGGCGUGGAAUGCUGGAAGAAGCAAUGCGUUUUCCAUUGCGAUACGCAAUGCGGUGAACAAGUUCAACGAAAGGGUUUUGCUGUGGGACGUUCAUCGAUUAGGUUUGGAAGAUAAUAUGUGCACAGCUGCAGGAACCACCUAUACCAGACGCAACACAGUGAGCCUUGAAAACCUGGUGCUGUGGAACCUACUUUGCAACUCAGAAUCCUUGUAGGGUAAGAAAAGACAACCAAUACAAAUACAUAUAAUGUAGAAAGAGCUCCUCAUCGCAUACAGUCAUUGUCGAUCAAUGAACUAAUAAAAAACAUUACAUAUUGCAUUGAAACUUUGUUCGUCGUAAUAUUCUGAAAGCUAUGCGGUUAUUGAUUUUGAGGCAUUGUCAGCAGUGCUUUCGAUGAUUUUUUUUUGCUUUUUUAAUGAUUCGUAAAUCAAAUGUUGACUCUUGAUGACAGUAUUACUGCUGCAUAGCCCUGUCGAAUAUCGAGAAAGCAGAAUUUGACGUAACACGCAUA